CCCUUCAAAAAUAUGAUUUUUGUGUAAGCGUGUGAUGUUGAGUUGCAGAGAGGGGGUUAGGCUCCAACCCACGAAGGAGGACUGGAGUGGGAGCCUCCACUCUGGUUGGCUGUCACUCGACUAACUCCAUUUUGGAACAACAGCUGUUGGAAGAAGACACACACACACAAGCUUUAUUUCGCCGUUGUUGGCCGACGCUACCCGAACCAACGAAGGCAAGACGCCGUCGGCUUUUAAAGAGCUCUUUGCUCAUCCUUACCGUCACCUUGCAGCUUCGGGUUCGGCCAGUUUUGUUGUUUUGCUUCCGAGUGCCAGGAAACUUAAGCGGGGAUCCAUGGUGUUCAAUCUCCAUUGUAACAAGUGGAUAAGAGGAGGCGAACGUAUCAAGCUGUAAUGAGAGCGCUGGUCAUGGACAGAUGAUGGACGUGGAGACGUCGUACUCGGACUUCAUCAACUGUGAUCGUACUGGCCGCAGGAACGCGGUGCCCGACAUCGCAGGUGAGGGCAAAGGGGAGGCCAGCACCAGUGACGUCACCAAAGACUUGGCAGAGAUGGACUUAAAGGAUGCAGGAGAGCCCGAGUCUUCUCCGGCCCCUGAGGCCGAGGGCUCCACCAGUCAAGAUGCCCAGGGAGGCGGAGGUCCAUCCUAAGCGGGAGGCGGUGGUACAUAGCGAAGGGAGAUGGAGACAGAAACGCUAUCCCUCAGUGAUGGCUCGUUUGGAGCUUGGCCGCCGGCACCAAUUGGAUCAGAUGCUGUGAGGGCAGGCAACCGCUGGGAAGUCCAACUGCCAUUUGAGAUGCUUCUCUUCUGCUUUGGACUCUGUUUAGUCACUUAAAUAUUCCCCAUGAGAUGAGGAGGCGAAUAGACUUUGGGCUUAUGUGGAGACUGAGCUGAAAACAUUUGAACGAUCCAAACAAUUUCCAGCCGUAUCACGGAGGGGGAGCUCAUAACCACGUGUCAUUUUCUUUCUAUACGUGUGCGUGUGUUUGUUUGUAACCCUCUUGACCUGUUUCAUUAUCAAGUGUUGCCCCCCCCCAAUAUCCAACUUAGUCUCCAUGAUACUGUCGUGUAUGGACUCUGUAUUUAUUGCUAACUGUUCAGUGAUAACUUUGUGAUAGCUAUUUUCUUUGUGUAAUAAAAAAGCUUAUGAAUCCAA